AUGCGUAUUGCUGCAUCGAUGAUGGUCAUGUUGGCCCUGGUCGUUUCGACUGCUGUGGCUGGUUCUCACCACAAGAAGCAUCACCGAAAUAGCAAGAAGAAGGAUGCCAUUAUCAUCGACAAGAAGGUCUUCAACACCGCCAAUUUACCCUUCAUCCCCCACAAUGGCACGGCCUUGUUCACGAAUUGGGUGGGUCUGAACGUGGACUACCAAUACAUCCAACCGAUCUUCAACCUCGUCAACUCCACAGCCUCGCUCUCGAACGGCACACUCCUCUCGCGGGGUGAGUCCCACAUCACCGUGAUCCUCCCUCCAGAAUACGACAAUAUCCUCCACCCCGCCGGCGUGACGAUCGAGGAACUCAACGCCCUGGCCACGGCCGACAACCGACUCCAGCGUGCGAGGUUCGGGAUCGAAUGUCUGGGUCGGGUGCAGGCGGUGUCGGAACCCGACAAAGUCUUUCAGCAGGCGGUCCAGAUCAUCCUGAAGAACUAUCGAGAGGUUGUCGCGUAUCGCGAGGAGGUGUUCGGGCUGUUCGUGAGGAAGGGUGGUAAUCCUGCGUUGUUUGAUCCAAACAACUUUUUGCUGCAUAUUACGUUGGGAUUCCGGCGCCGGAAUUUGUUUGUGGAGGAUGGGGUGUUCAAGGGCAAGAACGCGUGUAUCCAUAAGAUGGUUGCCAGGUAA